ACUCUUUUCCUCUCACAUCACAUUUUCCAUCCACGCCGUUUUUUUCAUUCCUCUCCAUUCCACUUCACUCUCAAUUUUCACUCUGAAAACUCUUCCAUUAGAAAUUUCCUUCUCCAAAUUCCAAACCCUAGAUCCUGAAAUUUCCCCAAAUUAAACCCUAAUUCUCAUCACCAUCACCUUCGUCAAUGGAGAAUCACUCCAAUUCGCGUCCCAAUUCGCGUGAUUCCUCACCUACCUCACGCGAAUUGCUAGAGAACGAUCACCGUUCAUCGUUCGAUGAACCACCACCUUCCAACACUAAGAGAGUCAAGCUCAUCUGUAGCUUCGGUGGGAAAAUUCAGCCUAGGCUUCACGACGGUCACUUUUCGUACAUCGGAGGUGACACGAAAAUCCUCGCCGUCGAUCGUAAUGUGAAAUUAUCACACCUUAUUGGUAAGCUCAAUGCUAUGGCGGAUUCUCAUGUCUGUUUCAAGUAUCAACUCCCUGGUGAAGAUCUCGAUGCUUUGAUCUCGGUUUGCAAUGAAGAUGAUCUCGAUUAUAUGAUGAUCGAGUAUGAUCGGAUGUGUCGCGCUUCACCUAAGCCUGCGAGGUUGAGGAUUUUCCUCUUUCCUUCUCCGGUCAAGAACCACAGCAGCAAUGCAUCUUUUGAUUCUAUCAAUUCCGCUAUGAAUCUUGCUGAGGAUUCCAAAUCGGAAGGUAAGUGGUUCGUCGAUGCUCUCAAUUCCGUUCACGUUCCGCCGUCGGAGGAUUCUUCUCCACCUCCACCGCCGCCGACGAUGAAUCCUGAUUAUCUGUUUGGAUUGGAUAAGCCGUAUUCUCCGUCUCCCGAGGCAAAACAGGCGGAAUUCCCGGAGUCUGUUCCGGAUUUUGCGGCGAAGGAUGCGGAAUGUGAGUCUGAGACGGUUAGAGAAACCGAGAUUCAUGAAAUUCAGGUAAUGCAGACUGUGAAUGAUGAACAUCAAGUGAAUUCUGAUGGAGAAAACGGCGGAGUUAACGGCUCUGUUGGUUGUUACUCUCAGGAAAACACGGAAACAGAGACGCCGUUAGUUUCAACUGUACCUGUUCAAGCUGUGAGUGAUGAACAGCUAAUGAAUUCUGACGAAGAAAAAGGCGGAGUUAACGGCUGUGUUGACAGUCACUCUCAGGUAAACACGGAAACUGAAAUUCCGUUAGUUACUACUCCACCUGUUCAAGCUGUGAAUGAAGAACAGCAAAUGAAUUCUGACGGAGAAAACGGCGGAGUUAACUGUUACACUCAGGAAAACACGGAAACGGAGAUGCCGUUAGUUACCACUGAACUACCUGCUCAACCUCCGGCACCGGUUCAUUCCAGUUCGGUUCAGUUUCUGCCUCCUGGACCGGCUUCGGUUCAGUCAUCAUUUUCUCCUAUGAUGCCGAAUGUGGUUAGUCCUUACUCGACCGGAUAUCCAAAUGAACCAAUACCGGUUUAUCUGAUUCAAACAGCUUCUGGAUUGUAUCAAGCAGUGAGGCCAGUCAUUGGACCUAACGGUCAACCGGUUUAUUUCGCAUAUACUCAAAUUGGGAACGAGUUUGGUUACAAUGCCUCAGGGCUACCUGGCAUGGUUUCAGAGCGUGGCUAUUCGAAUGGUUCGUACAGGCAAGGUUUUCCAUCUCAGGCGGCGGUUGCCGGUGUUGACAGCUGGAAUUGACUGAGAAGACGGAGGGAGAAUGCUGAUUCUGGGCGAAAUAUACCACUGCAUACUGCAUAUAGAGUCAUUCAUUGUUAUUAAAUAAAAAAUAAAAAAUCAUUAGUGUGUUUUUGUUUUCAUUUUUCAGUGGAUUUUAUUUUUUUGGUUUUUUUUAAUUGUUUGGAAUAUUGGUGUUAAGAACAUUCAUUCUUGUUCAUAGGUGCAUAUUAGGAUUUUAAAUUUGUUUUUGAGUGUAGUUAGUGAGUCUCUGGAUUCUGAUUCAUUAGUAUAUUUUCAUUAAACAAAAAACAAAGUUUAUUGCUUUAUUUUA